GUGGUGCUGUGUAGUUUCUGCACUAAGGAGGAAUGAAUGGGUUGAAGAUCGGGGCUGAGUGGAGCACGGCUUUCCCCCUUUUGCGUUACUGACGAGCUGCUGGGAGGAAGACAUGGCCCUGUCCUUCUGUGGAAAUGACACCGCUGAAGCUUACAACGUCGACAGGGGCGUCUUAAACAACGGCUGCUUCGUGGAUGCUCUUAACCUAGUGCCUCAUGUCUUCCUGCUCUUCAUCACUUUCCCCAUAUUAUUUAUCGGUUGGGGAAGCCAAAGUUCAAAGGUUCAGAUCCACCAUAACACAUGGUUGCACUUCCCUGGGCACAGUUUUCGAUGGAUUCUCACAUUCAUUCUCCUCUUUGUCCUUGUCUGUGAAAUUGCAGAGGGAAUGGUUUCAGAUCGAAAAAUGGACACUCGCCACCUGCAUCUAUUUAUGCCUGCUACCAUGGGAUUCAUAGCUGCGAUUACAUCUAUUGUGUACUAUCAUAAUAUUGAAACUUCCAACUUUCCAAAGUUAUUAUUAGCUCUUUUUAUAUACUGGGUUCUGGCUUUUAUCACAAAAACUAUUAAGCUGGUGAAGUACUGUGAUCACGGAGUGGACAUGACCCAGCUACGAUUUUGUAUCACACUUAUGUUGGUCUUUCUUUACGGCUCACUCAUGGCUAUUGAAGUAAAUGUGAUCAUAUUCCGGAAAUAUGUGUUCUUUGCAAACCCCAAAAAAGUUAAACCGCCUGAAGAUUUGCAAGACCUGGGUGUGAGAUUCCUGCAGCCAUUUGUCAAUUUGCUAUCAAAAGCAACGUACUGGUGGAUGAACACACUCAUCAUUUCAGCCCACAAGAGGCCAAUAGACCUAAAAACCAUCGGCAAGCUCCCCAUAGCCACAAGGGCUCUCACUAACUACAUGCGUCUGAAAGAUGCUUAUGAAGAUCAGAAGAAAAAUGCACAUUUCCCAGGUGAGCAGCCUCCGUCGAUAUGGCAUUCCAUGUACAGGGCGUACGGUCGACCAAUCUUUCUUAGCAGCACUUUCCGCUACUUGGCCGACCUUCUAGGUUUUGCUGGCCCCCUCUGUAUCUUUAAAAUUGUCGACCACCUGAGCAAGACCAGCAAAUCGAGUAGCCCUGUUAACGAAACCAUUACCAUGGUGGGCAACACAAAUCAGACGGAUAAAGUAAUAUUUAUGGGCGUUUAUUUCGUGUCAUCAAAGGAAUUUUUGGAGAAUGUUCAUGUUCUGGCAGUGUUGCUGUUCCUCGCCCUCAUAUUACAGAGAACGUUUUUACAAGCAUCCUACUAUGUGGCCAUAGAAACGGGCAUCAAUUUGCGUGGAGCCUUACUGGCGAUGAUCUACAACAAGAUUCUCCGUCUCUCCACCUCCAAUAUGUCAAUGGGAGAGGUGACCUUGGGCCAAAUCAAUAACCUUGUUGCCAUCGAAACAAACCAGUUGAUGUGGUUCCUAUUCCUCUGUCCUAAUCUGUGGGCCAUGCCAGUUCAGAUUAUCAUGGGUGUAAUCUUGUUAUAUUACAUGCUGGGUAUCAGUGCGCUGAUUGGUGCUUCUGUCAUAGCCCUGCUUGCUCCUUUGCAGUAUUUCAUAGCAACUAAGUUCACUGAUGCACAGAAAAGCACUCUGGACUACUCCACAGAAAGACUGAAGAAUACCAAUGAGAUCUUAAAAGGGAUUAAACUUUUGAAACUUUAUGCCUGGGAACAUAUUUUCUGUAACAACGUGGAAAAGACUAGAAUGCAGGAGUUAACCAGUCUCAAGAGUUUUGCACUUUACACAUCCUUAUCCAUAUUUAUGAAUGCAGCAAUACCGAUUGCAGCAGUGUUGGCGACUUUUUUGGCAUACACCCACAUCAAUUCGGAGAAACUGUCUUCUGCUGUGGCCUUUACUUCAUUGUCUCUAUUCAACAUCUUGGUGACCCCACUUUUUCUGCUCUCCACUGUAAUCAGAUUCACAGUUAAAGCCCUGGUCAGCCAACAGAAGUUGAAAGAAUUCCUGAUGAGCGAUGAGAUUUCAGAUGAUGGCUUUCGGGGUGGUGAGACCUCAUUGAAUGUAGAGACAUGCAAAAAACAUUCUGGAGUGCACACAAAGGCCUUCAACAGGAGACAGCCCCUGAAGGACCAGCUGGAAGGUUUUGAGCAGCCACUGAGGAGGUACAUUCGGUCCAGGGAGAUAGAAGAUGUGUCAGUCAAGGUUACUGAUGGGUCCUUUUCUUGGGGUAGUGGCAUGGCAACUCUUUCCAACAUCAGCAUCAGAAUUCCAACAGAUCAGCUGACAAUGAUUGUCGGUCAAGUGGGAUGUGGAAAGUCUUCACUUCUCCUUGCUACUCUCGGAGAAAUGUUGAAAGUUUCUGGGAAAGUUUACUGGAGCAAAGAGCCUGCAUAUGAAAUGAACCACGAUGCCACAUCAAGUGCACAUGAGGUUGACCCUGUGUUCGAGGUGACUGGGAGAAACCGAAACUCUGUUGCUUAUUCUGCUCAGAAGCCUUGGCUCCUAAAUACAACAGUGGAAGAAAACAUCACGUUUGGGAGCCCCUUUAUAAAGCAAAGGUACAAAGCUGUCAUUGAUGCCUGCUCCCUUCAGCCUGACAUUGACCUGUUACCAUUUGGAGACCAAACUGAGAUUGGAGAGAGGGGAAUUAACCUGAGUGGAGGCCAGAAGCAGAGAAUCAGUGUGGCUCGAGCCCUGUAUCAAAACACAAGUACAGUAUUCCUGGAUGAUCCAUUCUCUGCGUUGGAUAUUCACUUGAGUGAUCACCUCAUGCAGGAAGGAAUCCUCAAAUUUCUCCGUGAAGACAAGCGAACUAUAGCUCUAGUAACACAUAAGCUGCAGUAUCUGACCCAUGCUGACUGGAUAAUUGCUAUGAAAGAUGGCACCAUCAUAAGGGAAGGCACAUUGAAGGACUUUCAGAACCAUGAUGUAGAGCUCUACGAGCAAUGGAAGACACUCAUGAAUCGACAGGAUCAGGAAUUUGAAAAAGAGACUGAAGGUGAAAGUCAAACAAUUCUAGAAAGAAAAACCUUACGAAGGGCAAUGUAUUCACGGGAAGCCAAAGCUCAGUUGGAUGAUGAGGAUGAAGAAGAGGAUGAGGAAGAAGAUGAUGAGGAUAACAUGUCAACAGUUAUGAGGCUUCGAACAAAAAUGCCGUGGCGAGCUUUCUGGAGAUAUUUGACCUCAGGAGGAUUCCUUCUGCUGUUUUUGCUGAUUAUCUCCAAGUUGCUAAAACAUUCUGUCAUGGUGGCUAUUGACUAUUGGCUCGCACACUGGACAAGCUUAAAACAAACAAGUGAAACAAGUGCAAUGACUGACAUGAGUGACCAAAAUUACUACAAAAUGUGGUACAGCAUCUUGUGCAGUGUUGGGAUUGUACUGUGCCUCAUCACAUCCCUAACUGUGGAGUGGAUGGGCUUAACAGCUGCUAAAAAUCUUCAUCAUAAUCUUCUCAACAAGAUCAUCCUAGCACCUGUGAGGUUCUUUGACUCAACACCUUUAGGUCAAAUUCUCAACCGUUUCUCUGCUGACACAAAUAUAAUAGAUCAGCAUAUCCCACCGACACUGGAGUCCUUAACUAGAUCAACUUUCCUCUGCCUGUCAGCAUUAGGUGUGCUCUUGUAUGUCACACCAAUCUUCUUUACAGCUUUGCUGCCCUUUGUUGUUGCCUUUUACUUCAUACAGAAGUACUUCCGGGUCGCCUCAAAGGAUCUUCAGGAACUCGAUGACAGUACACAAUUGCCUCUAUUGUGCCACUUCUCUGAAACGGCAGAAGGACUUACAACAAUCCGUGCAUUCCGACAUGAGACCAGGUUUAAGCAGCGUAUGCUGGAGCUCACAGAUGCCAACAACAUCGCCUACUUGUUCCUGUCAGCAGCUAACAGAUGGUUGGAGGUCAGAACGGACUAUCUUGGUGCUUACAUUGUCCUCACUGCUGCUCUAGCUUCCAUAACAUAUUCCCAUUACUAUGGUCUUUCAUCUGGUUUAGUGGGAUUUGGCCUUACCUAUGCAUUAACGGUUUGUAAUUACCUUAACUGGGUAGUGAGAAAUCUCGCUGAUUUGGAAGUGCAGAUGGGAGCUGUGAAGAAAGUCAACAGUUUCCUGAAUAUUGAGAGUGAAAAUUAUGAAGGAACUAUUGACCCUUCCCAAGUUCCAGAAGACUGGCCACAGCAAGGAGAGAUAAAGAUUCAGGAUCUCUGUGUUCGAUAUGACCCAGCUCUCAAACCUGUUCUUAAGCAUGUCAAAGCCUACAUCACACCAGGUCAAAAGGUUGGGAUAUGUGGGCGUACUGGCAGUGGAAAGUCUUCCCUAUCCCUGGCUUUCUUCAGGAUGGUGGAUAUAUUUGAAGGUAAAAUCAUCAUUGAUGGGAUAGACAUCAGCAAGCUCCCUCUUCACACUCUACGCUCCAGACUUUCCAUUAUUUUGCAAGACCCUGUUCUUUUUAGUGGAUCCAUUCGCUUUAACUUGGAUCCAGAGUGCAAGUGCACUGAUGACAGACUCUGGGAGGCAUUAGAGAUAGCUCAACUAAAGAACAUGGUCAAAUCGCUGCCGGGAGGGUUAAAUGCCAUGGUAACUGAAGGUGGAGAGAACUUCAGUGUUGGGCAGAGACAGCUCUUCAGUUUAGCCAGAGCAUUUGUCCGGAAGAGCAGCAUUCUGAUCAUGGAUGAGGCUACAGCAUCCAUCGACAUGGCCACAGAGAGCAUUUUGCAGAAAGUAGUAAUGACAGCCUUUGCUAAUUGCACUGUGGUGACAAUUGCACAUCGUGAGACUUCCAUUCUGGAUACAGACCUAGUGUUAGUCUUUUGCGAGGGUAUUUUAGUGGAGUGUGAUGCUUCCUCAAAGUUGCUCUCCCAGGAGGAGAGCAGUUUUGCCUCUCUGCAUCGUGUACACACCAUACUAACUGCCGACCUGGUUAUCGUAAUGAAACGGGGAAACAUUCUUGAAUAUGAUAAACCUGAAAGUCUCCUGGCCCAUGAAGGUGGCAUCUUUGCAUCUUUUGUUAAGGCUGAUAUGUAAAUCUUCCGGAGAUCUCACUUUGCAAAUUGAUGUUUUUUUCUCUCACAGUUUUGUAUUUUUUAUAUAAAGUUUACAAGUCUUCCUUAAAACAGAACAUGUUUUUUAUGCACUGUCUCUAAGAAAAGCAAAGUUGCCAUUGUCUUGUUAUAGCUCAUCUCCUGCAAAAUGUCACACCUCCUGUUAUAAACAGCCUUUUAAUUCUAGAGCCUACACAUCCAUGAACCUUUAAACAAGUGCAAGCUUCUGCAAGCCACAAUGCAAAGUUGAGGGUAGUAUCACCAUUCAUGAACAAAUGGAUUUAUGCAAACUUUUUAGAACUACAUAUUGAAAUGCAGUAACAAUUAGGAAAUAUUUCAGCAGUACUAGAAUGGCUUUCAUAGUGACAGCUGAGGUUAAUUUGACUUUUAACUUGUGCCUGAUUACUUAUUUUGGAUGACACUGUUUCAAAUACUCAUUUCAUCAGUUAACAAUAUAACGUUACUGAAACUUUGAAAAGACUGUAAAUUGCAGAUGCAUGUUAGAAGGGAGAAUUGUCUGUGUUUACAUAGGUUUAGAAAUCAAAAGUUGGACAUUAUCUUCAGAUUGGGAUCAUCGAAAUUGGCUGAAUCCUAGUCAGAUAAAUACCAUCCACAAUAAUAACACCUGGUAGCCGCACAUUAUCCUUGUUUUAAGAAAUAUAAAAGUCACAAUCAGAAAUAGGAACGGAGGAGGAGUUGCAGAUGCAAAGUCUUCAUUAUUCACUCCCCAAUAUUUGGAAAAAAAAAUCACAGAAAAAUCAUCAAACAUUACUAGACCAAGCACACAUGCAUGUGUACAGAACAGUGAAGAUGAAGGAAUCAUCUGAAGUAUCACCUGGGAUGCCUAAUAAUUCUGCACUUGAAAUAGCUUUAAUGUAGUGCUGAACAUAUGCAAUAUCUGGACACUACACAUCGGAAAUAAAAACAAAAAAUGUUGGGUAUGCUCCGUGAGUUAGGCAGCUUCUGUUGAGAGCGAAACAGAGUUAAUCAGAGUUUCAGAUCUGCACCCUUACAUCAGAACACUAUGACAAUAUAUAUUUUUCAUCAACAAUGUCAUUUUGAGGUCCAAUGAUUCUGACCUUUAGUCCCGCCACUUACAUCAUGCUGCCUCACUGCACAUCAUACUUCUUUGUUUCACCCCUUACCGUGCCCCAACUGAGUAGACCUCUUGCUUCACAUCACCUCUAGGUCCUUGCUAUCUCCAGUAUUCUAUGGCAAGUGCUCUGCCCAGGACCGUAAGAAACUACAGAGAGUUGUAAUCACAGCCCAGUCCAUCACACAAGCAAACCUUCCAUCCAUGGACUCCAUAUACACCUCUCACUGCAUCAGAAAAGCCACCUACAUCAUCAAAGAUCCCUCCCAUCCCGGUUAUAAUCUCUUCCAACCUCUUCCAUCAGGCAGAAGAUACAAAAGCUUUAACACACGUACUCUCAUGUUUAAGAACUGCUUCUUCUCCACUGUUUUUAGACUUCUGAAUGGACCUCUCAAAUUUCAAAUCUACUUGUUGAUCUUACUUUGUGUGCACCUUCUUUGCAGC